AAAAUCACAGCAAAAUAAUAAUUAAAAAAAAAACCAAAAAAUGUUCCAUUUGUUCUCUCUCUGUAUGAAGUAAUCUUUCUCAGUUUCUCAGAUCUUUAAAUUAUUUAUUUUUAAUUUCCUUUUUUCAAAAAGCCGUGUAGAUUCUCUCUUUUACCAUUUCAUUUUUCACUUUAAUGAAAAAGAAAAAAGAAAUCAUUUUUAUAAUUCCAAGAAGAUCUUGCUAGAAAGAAAUUCGCCUCGGAUUUUCCCGGAAAGUUACCAAAUUUCCUCGAAAGUUUUGGUUUUUCCUGCAGCCCGGAUUGAGAUUUCACUUGGGUCUAAGAGCUUCUAGGGUUUGCUCCUUCUUUGAAUCUUCAUUGCUCUGUUGUAUUGUAGUUAGUUUUGUUCUGUGAUUUGAUAGAUCUUUUUCGUUUGAAGUUUACUUGUUUAGGGUUUGGGUUUCUGUGAUCUGUUUAUACAUUGUAGUUGAAUUGAAAUUUGUAUUGUCAGUUUUUCUGGGUUUUCAUUGAAUACUUCAUUUAAUUUGGUUGUUCGUUGUCGUGUUGAAUUGGGUUGAAUUAUAUAUCGGUUUGUACGUGUUGUUCUGUGUCAAUAUUGUGGCUUGAUUAGAUUUGUUGAGAAAGAUAACGAUUACUGAUUAGGAUUUUGUUCAUAUAAUUGACAUUGUUAUUAGGAGGGUUUGUGGAAUUUUUUUUCCUUGGGUGUCUAGAUGGAUAAGGACAAAUCUCCAGGUCAUGUUGGUGGUUUGCCGCCUCCAUCAGGUCGUUUCUCAGGCAUUUCUUCAACUGGGAACCCAAAUUUUAAUGUGAAACCUGAGCCAACUACGCCUUCACCGUUCCCACCACUAGCUCUAGGUGGUUCUAGCUCUGAUGGGGGACAUUUUGGUCAUCAGUCUGAUUCUAACCAUUUUAGCCAUGAUAUUAGCCGAAUGCCUGAUAAUCCACCAAAGAAUGUGGGCCACCGUCGGGCUCAUUCUGAAAUCCUCACUCUGCCUGAUGAUAUCAACUUUGACAGUGAUCUUGGUGUGGUUGGCGGUGCGGAUGGGCCAUCUUUUUCGGAUGAGACUGAUGACUUGUUGUCGAUGUAUUUCAAUAUGGAUAAGUUCAAUUCUUCAACAGCAACAUCUGGUUUUGAAAUGGGUGAGCCAUUGGCAGCUCCAUUUCCAGCUCCAGCACCGGCACAGGCACAGGCUACGGCUGCUGCUGGUGGAAUUUCCUCUGUGGAGAGUGCAGGCGUUGGGUCGACUGAGAGGCCCAGGAUUAGGCAUCAGCAUAGCCAAUCAAUGGAUGGUUCGACAAGUAUUAAGCCAGAGAUGCUCAUCGGGGGUUCAGAAGAGGCGCAUGGUGCUGAUACAAAGAAAGCUAUGUCUGCUGGCAAGCUUGCUGAGCUUGCUCUUCUUGAUCCAAAGCGUGCAAAAAGGAUCUGGGCAAACAGGCAGUCUGCUGCUAGGUCAAAGGAAAGGAAGAUGAGAUACAUAGCUGAGCUUGAACGGAAAGUACAGACACUGCAAACUGAAGCAACCUCAUUGUCUGCUCAAUUGACUUUAUUGCAGAGAGAUACCAAUGGUCUGACUGCAGAAAACAGUGAAUUGAAACUGCGAUUGCAAACAAUGGAGCAACAAGUUCACCUGCAAGAUGCAUUAAAUGAUGCGCUGAAGGAGGAAAUCCAGCAUCUGAAAGUAUUGACUGGCCAAAAUAUGCCAAAUGGUGGAUCCAUGAUGAACUUUGCGUCUUUUGGAGCUGGCCAGCAAUUUUACCCAAAAAAUCAAGCUAUGCACACUCUUCUAACCGCUCAGCAGUUCCAGCAGCUUCAGAUUCACUCUCAGAAGCAGCAGCAGCAGCAACAUCAGUUCCAACAACACCAACUGCAUCAACUUCAACAGCAACAGUUGCAGCAGCAGUUGCAGGAACAGCAACAACAAUCUGGGGACUUGAAAAUGAGAGGGCCAGUUCCUUCUCCAAACCACAAAGAUAACGCCUCAGAUGUCAACCACUCUGCUGCUAAGGAUUGAGUGAAUUGGGCAGUUUUCAGGAUCCUAUUUAAAUUUGUUGUCACAUAGGAUAUUCUUACAAUUUCUUUUAGUUUGCCUAGAUACAACUUUAUUACAUUUAAUUUUAGGCAGUGACUGGUUUUUAGUUGGAAACUAAAUAAUAAGAGUUACAUAUCAUAUUAUCUGGUAUAGUCUAUUUAGUGACUUUGUUACAAUCGUGUGUCACUGAUUUAUCUAUUAAAUCGCAAUUUUGUGA